AUGAGAUGCUCCUUGCAGCCCAGGUUCUGGCAGAAUUGUGCUGCCCGGGGCCUUUGCGACAAGCGAUACGAGUUCAGGGACCUCCGCAUCCACGAGAGCCCGGAAGGCUGCGAGACUGCCAAGACCACCACCUCGGUCAUUACAGACAACAACACCAGCAACAGCAAGAGCAACGGCUCCCCGAAGGGCAACUUCAAGCCCUUGGGCCACCCGGACUUUCUGGACUCCUGGAAUGGGGAGGUUGAUGUUUUCACGGAGCCGCCAGAUCAGAAGACUUUCUGGAAGAAGUAUCACAAGCAGCGAAGGCCCUUCAUCGUGAAAGGAGCAGGCCGCCUUUCUCCAGCCAUGAACUGGACAGAUCAGUACAUCAUGGACCACUUUGGCAGCGAGGUCGCCAAGGUGGAGUGGCGGAACGAAGACCGCCUCACGGACUACUGCGGCCAAGACAUCAAGGGCGAGACAAUUCACUGCCCUAAGGACACCAUCCCCUACGUCGAGUCGCGCACCAGCAUCCGAAACUUCAUUCGCAAGAGUCGCGAAGACCCGAGCUGGGCCAAGUAUAUCAUCUCACAGAUGCCAGAUGACAUGGGCAAGGAGUGGAAAGUCCCGAGCUUCAUGAACUGCGGCAAGCGGCCCCCAGGUGGACAUGUCAAGGGCAAGCCGUGGAUGACGCAACUGUAUGAGAACAACUUCUGGUAUUUGCGCGUGCCGCCCGAGAUGAUGGGAACAUCCACCAUUCACUACGACAUGAACCACCAGAUUAUGUGUGUCUUUGCAGGAAAGAAAGAGUGGAUCAUGUGGGACCUGCAGACCGAAGCAUCGAAGAUUCCGAU